GAAUAUUUAGUGCAGACUCUGUGCUUUUAAGUGGAUGCUCCCUUUGGGUUCUUUUGCUCGUCAAUGGCAAAGCAAGCCAUCAGUCCUACUUGACAACAUCGAUUGUUGUGAAAGUCGAUCUGACCAAAUGACCCGUUUCAUUCAAUGUGCAGCAGAUAUUCGAGCCAACAUCGUGCUUCGCCACCCCAAGACCCCGGGACGAUGUGCGGCUUAUUGGGGAGAUCCCAAAAGCACUGGGCGCUAAUGCACGAGUUCUAGAGCUUGAUUACAGUUGAGCCAGACUGCAAGGCAGACACUGCCACGAUCUUCGUACCUAUUUGGUUCGUAUCACACUCGGUCAAUCAAGGACUUCGCCGGCUUGAACGAAAGUUCCUGAACUCCAUCUUUACUCCUCUGAAAGUAUCGUAUAACUACGGCUCCAGAAUGGACUGCUUGAUCUUGUUCAAGCAUGACGUUCCAAAUAUUGCUCGUAUUUGGGGGUCUACGGUGUUUGUGCCCAUUUGAGCAGCAGAGUUCAGGGCCAGUGUGAGACACUUGUUGGAGGUUCUGCCCUGGGUCUAGCUACGACGGAUCUUGAGCAUGGCUUAUGCUACCAUUCCCAUGAGUACGAUAGCGUACAGGUUAGAUGUCACAGAUCAACCGACCAGAAACUUGGGACCUAGUCCGGAUGAGUGGUUGCGAAUCAAAGAUGUAUUCGCCGAAUUAUACAUUGCAGAGAACCGAAAACUCAGAGAAGUCAAGGAUAUCUUGUCCAAGAACCAUGGCUUCGAUGCCAGCGAGAAGAUGUACAAAAGGCGCAUCACGGAGUGGAAGAUCCACAAGAACUACAAAGCCCAGGAGAAGGUGGCUCUGGCCCGCAGAGUCAAGGCUUGUGUGGACGCCGGCAACAACCCUGACACGAUUUCUUUUCGUGGGAGGCCGUUGAAACUUGACCGUGUCAGGCGACACUGUCGAAAUGACAAGAAGCUGGCCAAGUUAUGGGAGCAUUUGUCUCAAAGUCCUCAAGAAGCGGCGGAGAAAGACCUGGUCGUUCGAGAAAGCAAAGUCCCAGCCAAGGCAAAUCGACAAUCAACUUGCAGAAUAUCUCCAGUUGUGACGGACACGAUUGUAACGACCUCUUCAGACGGACCUAGCCUGACGAAUUCCUCUCUUAUCAGAUCCGAGUCUGGUCUGGAGAUGAACGCGACGCUACUUUCCGCAUCGCCCAGACUUACAGCACAGCUUGACGAGCCAACGGAUCUCCGUGCUGCCAAUGCUGUCCUUUUGCAUACCAGGGAUGCCAUCGACUGGCAAUUCACAGCAUUCACUCGUGUGAAGCUUCAUGAUCUCCAAUCACGUUUCCCGGGCCGAGUCCCAAUAGAAGUUAUCACCGGACAAGUCGACCAAGUGUCGGCAUUCUGGUUGGCGCUUUAUCACGGAUACGUUUUCCUGAAAGCAGGAAACCAGACACGGGCAUUCCAAACAUUGGAUAACUCAUGCCAGAUGGUGCAACCACUGCUGGCCACGGCUCCGCUUCAACUUUUGACUUGUCUGCUUUUGCAUUUUGCCAAACCAUGGCACGGUCUCGAUGCCCUCGAACAGCAAUUACUGGGUUUUGUGUCGUCGAUGACCGCUAAUGUGCUUGGUCGUCAUCACCCUCUAGCAAAUGCGCUGCAGCUGGUGGCUACUGCUGGGAUCAGGGAGCACGUCUCUGAAUCUAUGAUGUGUAUGAUCGUUGAUGCUUAUAGAAGCCGACGCAAACCGAGCAACUCGUCGGUGUUUGCCUUGCGUAUCGAUCAGAUCGAUAUGCUACGGGAGCGCAAGAAGUUUGCGCAGGCACAGACCCUCUGCCAGGAAGUUGUCAACGAGAGUCAAGUCAUGGGACACAAGCGACACCGAACUGCCCUGGCCGCCCUCGGGAGAAUUUAUGCCGAUCAGAAUGAAGAGUAUGCAGUGGAAGGUGUUGCGAGCAGGAUACUUGCCGAAGAGAGAGUUGAUCGUCUCGCCUCGGACAGAGGUGGCACUAUAAUAUGGGCCCACGACCAACUGGCGAGACUGUACAUGGACAGACGGGAUUACAAACCUGCCGAGCGACAUCUCUGGAGAGCGAUUCUUGAGUCCCGGGGACGACCGGACCACCGAGGGCCUUCGACGCGGUCCUUGAUCGUGAGGUUUCAGUCAUGUCUGAGCCAGCAAGGUCGGUGUGUGGAGAUUGAGGAAAUCUGUGCUGGCACGGGAAUCCCACUUGAGCUGGUGGGAUGGUAA